AUGAUGCUGAAAUCAAGCCUCGAAGUUUACCGGCUAGGCAAGAACAGCCUCGGUAUCCAAACCUUCCUCUACGGAAACCGAAGAGGGGACACUCUCCUGGCCUUGGCCAGAGCUGGAAUAUUACCGACGAAAAGCCGAGGUAGGUCUAUUGACCCACAGCAGGAGGACACCUGCCUCAGAUGCGGAACAUUUGAAGAGACCGUAAACCAUGUGAUCUUCGAGCGCAAUGACGCAUACGACACGGACGAAGAUUUCCUCUCAAGACUAGGCCUCCACGAGGAAAAGCAGGGCCCUUCGAUUGUGACAAAAACUCAACGAAUACUAGAAAAAUGGGAGAAGGAGACCAAGGAUCUGCUUUUAGCGCCUGACAUGAAAGGCUGA